AUGGGAUCAGAAACGGGGGGGCUGCCGGUGAUAAAUUUCAGUGGCAACGGAGUGAAGACGGAGGGCGGCGACGAGUGGAGGAGGAGGAGCAGAGAAGUCCGGGAAGCUCUCGAAGAGUACGGAUGUUUUAUAGCAGAGUACGAUGGAGUUAGUAGAGAACUGAGAGGGGAAGUUAUGAAGGCAGUGAAAGCACUUUUCGAGCUUCCAAUUGAGAGGAAGAAGAAGAACAAAUAUGAGAAGCCUUUUAAUGGCUACGUUGGGGAGCUUCGUACUCUUCCUCUUCAUGAAAGUUUGGGUAUUGAUGAUGCCACUAACUUCCAUGGAGUUCAGUCCUUUACUCAUCUCAUGUGGCCCUCUGGAAAUCACCAUUUUAGUACAACUUUGCAUUCAUUUGCAAAGAUAGCAGAAGAAUUGGACAAAAUGGUGACCAAAAUGAUAUUUGAAAGCUAUGGAGUGGAAAAGUAUCACAAGUCUCAUGCUGAUUCCAUUACAUAUCUUCUUAGAAUUUUGAAAAACAAAGCUCCUCAUUCUUCAAACCCUACUUUAUGUCUUGUGGAUCACACUGAUAAGAGCUUCACUACCAUGCUCUAUCAAGAUCAUAUCAAUGGUUUGGAGGUCAAAACCAAACAUGGCCAAUGGAUUCAAGUUGACAACUCCUCUCCCUCAACCUUCGUCGUCAUUGCCGGAGACGCAUUCAAGGCAUGGAGCAAUGACAGAAUAGAAUCACCAACUCAUAAAGUGAUGAUAAGAGGGAAUGAAGAUAGGUACUCUCUUGCCAUGUUUGGAUUCAGCAAUGGAAUUGUAGAAGUGCCAAAAGAGCUUGUGGAUCAAACUCAUCCUUUGCGAUAUAAACCUUUUGACCAUAUUGGAUUGCUUCAUUUCUUCCGAUCUAAAGAGGGUUUCAACUCCAAAUCUCCCCUCAAAGACUAUUGUGCUCUCUAA